ACAGCGAGGAGCGCCCGAAGGAGAGAGCUUUUUUACCACAACCAGCGAGGAGGGAAAAGAGACAGGAAACAGAAAAAGUGACAAAACCAAGCGGUUUGUAAAAUGUCUAAAGUCCAAAGGCUGAGAGCUUUGGUGGAGGAGCGGCUGACUGCGGCUGCUGAAGACAUAUAUGUGCUGUUUGAAACAAUCAUAACCGAGUAUGAGGAGGAACUGUGUCGCUCCAAACAGGAGAACGAGAGGAACCAACGGCUCCUGGACUCGACUCUGAGCACGAGAGUCGUGCUGACCAGAGCCGGUGUCCACAUGUCCUCUCUGAGUCCUAGUCUCACUCUGAAACAGGAAAUCCCAGAGACUCCACAGAUUAAAGAGGAGCCAGAAGAACAGCACGUCAAACAGGAGGAAGAGGAGCUGCAAGUGUCUGUCCCUGAGUCCAAUGAUGGCUGUGUGAAGACAGAAGAGUCCUCACUGCUUCAACGAAAAGAAAGUGAUCACAGAGAGGACGUCAACUCAGAGACACAUGUCCACAGAGAGAAGACACAGGGAGAGGACGUCAACUCAGAGACACAUGUCCACAGAGAGAACACACAGGGAGAGGACAUCAGCUCAGAGACACAUGUCCACAGAGAGGACAUCAGCUCAGAGACACGUGUCCACAGAGAGGACAGGCAGGAAGAGGACAUCAGCUCAGAGACACAUGUCCACCCUGAGACUGAGGGAGACACGGAGCACUCUUCUGACACUGACAGUGAUGAAGACUGGAGAGCUCCAAUCGGCUCUUCAGCUGCACAGAUGGAGACAGAGGCAGAUGGAGACCACUACAACCAAGUCCAGAGCAGAGACAAAAGCACCACUGCACCAAACUCAAGUCUAUCCCCCAAACACAAGUCUGCACCAGAGACCAGAGCCACUGUGGACAAUGGGGACGUGUCAGGAACAGCCAAACGAGCAGCAGGGAAGAAACACCAGUGCUUAGUUUGUAAAAAGAAAUUUGGCUUAAAAAGCGAUUUAAUAAGACACUUGAGAAUUCACAGAGAAGAGAAACUUUACACCUGUUCUGUCUGUGAGAAAUCAUUUAAUCGAAAGAGUAAUCUCACAGCACACAUGGGAACACACACAGGAGACAAACCUUACAGCUGUUCUGUCUGUGAGAAAGCAUUUAUUCAAAAGAGUGUUCUCAAAAGACACAUGGGAACACACACAGGAGACAAACCUUAUAACUGUUCUAUCUGUGAGAAAGCAUUUAAUCGAAAGAGUACUCUUACACAACACAUGGGAACACACACAGGAGACAAACCUUAUAACUGUUCUGUGUGUGAGAAAGCAUUUAUUCAAAAGAGUGUUCUCAAAAGACACAUGGGAACACACACAGGAGACAAACCUUAUAACUGUUCUAUCUGUGAGAAAGCAUUUAUUCAAAAGAGUACUCUUACACAACACAUGGGAACACACACAGGAGACAAACCUUAUAACUGUUCUGUGUGUGAGAAAGCAUUUAUUCAAAAGAGUAAUCUCAAAAAACACAUGAGAAAACACACAGAAGACAAACCUUACAGCUGUUCUGCCCAGAGCCGUGAUCGAAAAGACAUACAAAAAGUCACACAGGAGAGAAAUAGUUUAAAAUACAGUCUAACAAGCCUCAAACAGAGCAGUGCCUACAGUUAGCAUCACACCGCCAGAGAAUGUUGACGACAGCUACACAGUAUCAUUUGUACUUAGUUGAGUCGAUGUUUAAACCUGUAUCUGUAUUUAUUAGUCAAGUAACUUUUUGUUUACUUGAGUAUUGUUUUUCAUUUGUAUUUCUACCAAUGUAGGGCUGAACGAUAUGGGGAUUUUUUAUGUUUUAAUUAUAUAAACAUGUUCAAAGUUCAUAUUUUACACAUCCAGAGGAAUUGACAAAAAGACUGAAAUCUGAACUGACAAACUAAUGCAAGAAUCACAUUUCAGAACAUGUUUGUACAGAACUACAGGGUUAGGAAAUUUGAAGCAGUAUCAAUAUUACAAAAGUCACAUUCAAAGGACAGAAAUGAACCAAACUUACAAUGAUCCUGGUCAGUAUCUUUCACAAGUAUAAGACACAUAGACUCGUAUACACCAUGGACCACUAUGAACCUACUGCACACUGAGGGAGUACACACAUAUAACACACAUGGGAAUAUGAACAAAAGUACUACCAUUUAAAGUUAAAAAAGAUUGUAUUGUGUAAAUAAAGAGUGUUUUUAUUAUCAUUGUGGUAUCAG